AUGAUUGAAAAUACAGAAUUUUAUAGCGAAGUAAUUCAAGGAAUUGACUCAAAGUUAGCUGUAAUAGCAGAGAAUGAAAUAAUCUUGACAGAGCAAGCUAACCUGUUAAGAAAGGAAUAUGAAACUAGAAAAAGAGAAAUUGAUAGAAUUGUAUCUGAGAUUUGUGAUGAACAAGUUAAAAAGGUCUAUGAGAAAGUUGGAUCAAUGAUCACAACUCAAAGGAAGUUAUGGAGUAUUUUAGUCAACACAAAGAUUUCUGGUAAAGAAGAAGAAAAUAUAUUAACAGAGAAAAAAGAAAUCAAUGAAUUAAUAUUAAAAGAACUUAAUGCUGUUGAAAAAAUGUAUUGUGAAAAUUCUGAAUAUAUUAAUAAAAUAGAAGAAGAUUGGAGAGAUGUGAAAAAAGCAUCUAUUGAGGGAGUUAAAUUGUCAAAAGAAAUUGACUGGGAAAGUAUUCCAGAAGAAGAACUUGGAAAAAGAUUAAGAGGAGGUGAAGUUUUACAUAGAGAUGAAUGGAUACCCAGUCAAGAUAAUACAACUGGACGUAAAUUAACACCAAGUGAAUUCAAAUCACAUUUGGAAUUCGGUGAAAUGAUCUUGAAAGAAGGUAAAGCUUCUUUCGAAAAACAAGAUUUAGAGUUAUCUUAUACUAGAUAUACUCAAGGUGUGGAACUUUUAUGUUGGGUUAGAGGGUCAGACGAAGAAUCUGAAUCACUCAGAAUAGAAUUGUAUAAGAAAUUCCUAAAGAAUCAAGCUUUACUUGCACUUAAACUUGGCAAAUAUAAUGAUUCCAUUCAAUCAUGUAAUAAAGUUUUAAGUAUUGAUGAAUGUGAUGAAAAGUCCCUCUUUAGAAGAGGAGAAUGUUACAUGAUGUUAGGAAGAUUUGAAGAAGCAAAGAAAGAUUUUAGAUUUAUUUGUGAGUUUGACUAUUUUUCUAGAGAUGCUAAACUACAAUCAAGAAAGAAGCUUGUUGAAAUGAUGAAGAAAUCAAAGUUCAGUAAUUAUGUAAACAAAAGUAUAAUUAAUAAUUUAGAUGGCCUAAUGCAAAGUAAUAGAGAAGUGGUCAACAAAACAAAGCAUGAAACUGAAAAUUAUUAUUCUCAUAUUAAUAAUUACUCACAAAUUCAAAGUAAUUUUGACUACAAUCACAAAGAAAGCCCGAUUUAUUCUUCUAGAAAAGAAAUUCAACCUCAUUUUGAUUUAGAAACUACCAAAGAUAUUCUUGAUGAACUUCUCCUCAAAUAUUCGUCCGAGGAAUUUGAGAAACAACUUUUUGAACUUAGAAAGCUUUCAGAUUAUGACGAAAAAAGGUUCUUAAGAAGACUUAGAAAUGUUCUCCCGGAAAUUAAUAUUCCUAUUUACCAAAAAUACGGCCUAGACCUAGAAUCAAUGAGCUACGAAAAAGCCAAACGCACUUUAGAGGAAAGUGUUUCGUACUGGAGAACUAAAGAUGAUCAAGUAAAGACAUUAUCUAAAGAAAUAUAUAAAUACAUCAUGGGAGACACUAUAAUUGAGUAA